CCCACCUGUCCACCCUCGGUCGCGUUUUAUUCGCUCACCCCGCACUUUAGAGGCUCAACCCUCACUACUGGCAUAUUGCGACGAUGUCCGUGUACAACACCGGCACAGAGGCCCUCCCGCCUUUCAACAGCGCUGCCAAGGGCGACAUCGUCCUGCGGUCCUCUGAUGCCGUCCACUUCCGCGUGUUCCGGUGCCUCCUGGCGCUCGCCUCCCCAUUCUUCGACGCCAUGUUCGAUCUUCCCCAGCCACAGCCAGCGACGGUGCACGGAAGGACCACCCUCGUCGGGGACCUCGACGUGAUUCCCAUGACGGAGAACGGCCGCACGGUGGACGCGAUGCUGCGGUACUGUUACCCGGCGGCGUCGGUGCCGCUUCCCGCGCUGGAGACCCUCGAGGACGUCGAGCAGGUUCUGGAGGGCGCGAUCAAGUACGGCAUGGAGGGCGUCGAGCAGCAGAUCAGAAAGCUCCUCGUCUCGCCGCGCUUCCUCGACGCGCAGCCCCUGCACGUCUUCGCCAUCGCCACGCGGCUCGCGCUCGAGCCCGAGGCGCGUCUUGCCGCCCGACACCUCCUGCAAGCGCCUCUGCCUCUGCCUCUACCAAAAGCACGGGCAGGAAACGAGAUCCAGCGGGGGACCGUCCUCCCCGCAGCAGACCUCGCGCGCCUCCACAAAUACCGCGCGCGGUGCACACACGCCGCGCAGACCCUACUCGCCAACCUCGCGUCCGCGGGGCCCCGGCUCGCGCAGAGCUACGCGUUCUACCAGUGGUGGACCGCCGCGUGCGCGUGCCCGACGCGGAGCGACGCGCGCGCCGCGGGGUACAUGAUGCACGGCACGUACGCGCGCGCGUGGUGGGCGGACUGGCUCGACGGUGUGCGCGAUGCGCUGGCGGAGGCGCCGUGCGGUGCGACGGCCGGCAGGGACGUGGACAAGGUUGUUGAGGAGCGGUGCGCGGCGUGUCCACGGUGCAGGCGCAAGGCGCAUGCUGCUGUGAGCGAGUUUGCGAGCGCGCUGGCGGGGGAGAUCGAUAGGGCGGUUGAGCAGGUUGAGCUGUAACUUCGGAAAGUUUGAAUCCAAGACUUGGGGCCUGACAGGCCCUUCGCGCACAUAUGUAGAUGGGGAAAUGCGGACCGAUAUCCUGGGAUUUGCUCACAGGUCCAUCAUGAUGGUUGGCGACGCCGCCGCCGCCUCAGGCGAGGCGUCAAGGGGCUCCCGUUCAAUACAUUCGAAUGGCACAUAGAACUGCCAGCGGUCACCGACGGUUGUCUCCCAACACAGCGGGUAUAUGGGCACGAGUCACAUGCCCUCCCAUGCCGUCAAGAAGGCAGAGGCACGGUCGAUAGAUCUCCCCCGGGAUCACCGGAGACGGAUAGACAGCGGAGACAUCAAGACAUGUAGAAAGAGUAAAUCCAGCAUUUAGCAUUAGACUAGCAUUCAUCAACUGUAGCGUUAUUCAUCUAGACAUCAUCUAAAGCCC